AUGCCUCUGCCACCCAUCUGCACAACCUUCGAACCCUAUUUCCUCCUUUCCCCAGACCGCCUCCAAGAUAUCCUAUCUCAUUUCAGAAAAGAAAUGGAAGAUGGUUUGGAGAGUUAUGGGAAAGACGUAGCGAUGGUUCCUAGUUAUGUGACGGGUGUACCGGAUGGUACGGAACAAGGGACUUUCUUGGCUCUUGAUUUAGGAGGAACCAAUCUCCGAGUUUGUGAAAUUCGUCUUUUCGGUCAACAUAAAUUCGAACUCAAACAACAGAAAUAUAAAGUAUCAGAGGAAUUGAAAGAAGGUGAAGCUAGGGUAUUAUUUGAUUACAUUGCCGACUCGGUCGACGCAUUCUUGACUGAGAUUGGAUCUGAUAUCUCUUCCAAUGAGCCUAUGCAUUUGGGAUUCACUUUCUCCUUCCCCGUCGAACAGACCGCUAUCGACGCUGGUAAAUUAUUAACUUGGACAAAGGGGUUCAACGCCAAGAACGCAGUAGGAAACGACGUGGUGAAAUUGUUACAAGAUGCAUUUGAUAGGAAACACAUUCAUGUUAGGUGUAGUGCUAUAGUGAAUGAUACCGUCGGAACCCUCUUAUCACGUUCAUACCAAUCCGGACCAGCUCUCAUAGGAGCCAUCUUCGGUACGGGAACGAACGGAGCGUAUAUCGACAAGACGAGGACAAUCAAGAAAUUGGGUGAAGAAAAGAUCAAAGAGGCUGAAGCUGGUGGUCAGCACGCUGGAGAAUAUAUGGUUGUUAACACAGAGUGGGGAGCGUUCGAUAACGGACGAAAUUGUUUACCCGUUUCUAUCUUUGAUAACAAAUUGGAUAGAGAGAGUAUCAAUCCCCGGAAACAAGCUUUCGAAAAGAUGGUAUCUGGAAUGUACCUCGGUGAAAUCACUCGAAAUAUACUGUUACACCUGAUCGACGCUUCGGUUCUCUUCAACGGAUAUUCUUCUAAAACCAUAAACACCCAUUACGGCUAUGAUACAGCGUUCGUUUCUGCUGUAGAAGCAGCCAAGUCACCCGAGGAUAUCAAGAAGUUAAUAAUUACUCAAUUGGGUGUUGACCCCAAACAUAUCUCAGAAGGUGAUCCGGAGAUCGUCCAAUGGGCUUGUAAAGUCGUUUCGGAACGGGCAUGUGCUUUGGCCGCUGUGGCUAUCGCCGCGGUCGUCCAACAUACUGGUAAUGAUCAGGUGAAAGAGGGGGAGGAAGACAAAGGUGUAGAUGUUGGUAUCGAUGGAAGUGUCGCCGAAUUCUUACCUCGCUUCGCAGAGAGGGUAUCAUCAACUUUGAAAGUUCUGUUAGGUGAAGAAGGUGGGAAGAGGGUUCGAACGGGUUUAGCAAAAGAUGGAAGUGGUGUGGGAGCCGCAUUGACAGCUCUCCAAGCUAAGAAAGCGAUGGAUAAGAGAACAGAAAAAAAUUCACAGUUUGUUCCGGGAAAGACAGGGUAUAAGAAGUAA